AUGCCUCUUUCUAUUGGCCUGGAAAUCGAAGGUGUGGCUCUGAAGCCAGUCAACUCUGCUCUCGAGUUCCCUCCUGGAUCGGAGAAGCAACUCUUCAUCAUUGUCGAAAGUCUUCGCCGCGCCGGUCUUUCUUCUCGCGUCUACCUGCCUUCGUCCACUCGUGGUGCUGGACCUGACUACAGCAUCUGGAAUGUUACCAUGGAUGUUACUGUGAGCGAACUUACCUCUGGCUCGGAGUUUGAGAACUCCAAGUUUCUUCGACGCUUUGGGUUUGAAAUCGUCACUCCCAUCUUUCGAAACAUUCAAGAUGAUGCUUGGAUGGCUCAACUCCAUGCUGGGCUUGAUGCAGUUGGGAAAGCUGUUUGCUGGAAGGCAAACCGAAGCACUGGCCUUCAUGUCCACGUUGGACGUGAAGGUGACACUACCAAGUACUCCCUGGUCGAAGUCCAGAAGAUCGCGAUGUUUUACUGUCGCUUUGAAGUCUACGACAGAAUUGGUGCUUCGGGCAGCAUCGAGGAUGUCUGCAAGCUUGUCAACCACUGUCCUGGUGAGACAAACUAUGAUGGUUACCAUGAUUCGCGCUUCUUCAAGGUGAACUUCACUUCUCUACAAAAGCAUGACACGAUCGAGUUUCGUCAGCAUGAGGGAACAGUGGAUGGCAAGCAGAUGAUCAAAUGGAUCAAGUUCAUCACCAAGUUUGUGAACUUCGCCAUCUCUGCCCCAAUGAACACCAUCACUUCACCUGGUGAAAGUUUCGAACAUCUUCGCCAGCUGAUCGUUCCUCCCAAUAACUAA